AUGGAACUGACUUGUCUGAGCAAAGGAGAUGGCUUUCACUACCCACCUUGCCACAUGCUGAACCUAAGCGGUUUCAGGAUCUUGAUCGACUGCCCUUUGGACCUUUUAGCAAUCACAAUCUUCUCUCCUGUUCCAUGUGAUGUGGGGUUUGAAGCUUAUGGUCAGAAUGAUCAGAAUCCAAUUCAAAAGAAGCAGAAACUGGAGAGACAGAUGACUCCUGAUGACUUGGUAUCCGCAGAGCCGUGGUACAAAACUGUCAAGACCUUGCAUUUGUGGGAGGUUUCUUUAAUUGAUAUAGUUCUCAUCUCCAACCCUAUGGGAUUGCUUGGAUUGCCAUUCCUUACUCAACACCCAAGAUUCUGCGCCAAGAUUUAUAUGACUGAAGCAACAGCUAAGAUUGGUCAGCUCAUGAUGGAAGAUCUUGUCUCUAUGCACAUGGAGUUCAGACGCUUACACGGACCUGAGGACUCUAGUUUUCCUUGGUGGACAAAGAAUCUAGAUGGUGAACAAGUGCCAAGUGUGCUUAAGAAUCUUGUCUUUGGUGAGAGUGGUGAUGAUCUAGGCAGUUGGAUGCGUCUCUACAGUUUAGAUGACGUAAAGAGUUGCAUGAAGAAGGUUCAAGAUGUAAAGUUUUCAGAAGAAGUUUGUUAUAAUGGGACGUUGAUCAUUAAGGCUCUAAGUUCAGGUCUAGAUAUUGGGGAUUGCAAUUGGUUGAUCAAUGGCCCUAAUGGAAGUUUAAGUUAUGUGUCAGACUCCAUCUUCGUUUCACAUCAUUCGAAAAAUUUCGACUCCCAUGGUCUCAAAGGAACAGAUGUGAUGAUUUACUCUGGUUUCUCAUGCCUCUAAACCGCAGAAAUGACUGAGAAUGAUUGUAUAUCAACAAUCAGUGAGAAUAAUGACGAGUGCUUGGCUGCUUCAUUACUAGACAAUGAAGAAAGCUUAGGAGAGCUAGAGAAACUAGCGUUUGUCUGCUCAUGUGCUGCGGAAUCUGCGGAUGCUGGUGGCUCAACCUUAAUAACGAUUACUCGAGUGGGGAUAGUUCUGCAGCUCCUUGAGCUAAUGUCAAAUUCUCUUGAGUCUUCUUCUCUAAAGGUUCCAAUCUUUGUAAUAUCUUCUGUGGCAGAAGAGCUAUUGGCAUACGCAAACACCAUACCAGAGUGGCUGUGUGAGCAACGACAGGAGAAGUUAAUUUCAGGAGAACCAUCAUUUGGUCAUCUUAAGUUCAUUAAAGACAAGAAGAUCCAUUUGUUUCCUGCCAUUCACUCACCUAACCUAAUAACAAGUUGGCAAGAACCAUGCAUAGUGUUUGCUCCUCACUGGAGUUUGCGGCUUGGUCCUUCUGUCCAGCUUCUUCAGCGUUGGCGUGGAGAUCCAAAAUCAUUGCUUGUUCUUGAGGACGGUAUAAGUUCAGGUUUAGGACUUCUCCCCUUCAGACCAAUCGCUAUGAAGAUUCUCCAGUGUUCAUUUCUUUCUGGAGUCAGGUUGCAGAAGCUCCCAACUCUUCUUUCCUUUUUGCAGCCAAAGAUUGUUUUGGUCCCUGAUGUUGUCAACCAGAGGAUCAAUCUUUCUACGGUGAAGACAAAAUCUAUCCUGAAUUUGUUUUGUUUGGUGUAGUAACUACAACUAUUGAAUUCUAAAAAUUAUGCGUUCGCUUAAUCCACAAUGUUAUAUAAAGUGCAUAA